AAGGUCUUUUCCGCAUCUCCGAAUCGUUUCGCGGUGACCUUUCUGGGCCAGGCAGUCAUAGCGAUAUCACAAAUGUGCAUCGUUCCUGUUCCAGCGCGGCUUGCCGCCUGCUGGUUUGGGAAAACGCAGGUCGCUUUUGCCUGCACUAUCGCCGUAUUCAGCCUCCAACUGGGCAUAGCCUUAGGGAUAUUCAUGAUUCCGUUCGUCGUGAGGAACCAUGAAAACUUGGCUGACAUCGGGAACGAUUUGUCCAACCUUUACUGGGGAUUUGCCGUUUAUGCCGCUAUUGCUGCGAUCUCCGUGUUCGUUUUUUUUCAAGACGAACCACCACUCCCACCGAGUGAUGCCAGAGCGCUUCGAAACGCCAAACGUCUGAAUGGUGCGGAAGAGUUUUGGCCAACGAUCAAGAGGAUCUUGACUAACAAGAGUUUCAUUUUACUCUGGAACUCGUACGGCUUGAUCUGCGGUGUGUCGACCACAUUCGGAGCACUCAUCAACCCGUUAUACGUAUCUCACUUCAAGACCGGAGAAACGGACACUGGACUGCUUUCGCUUAUUUCAACCAUUCUGGGUACCUUAUGGACACUAGCAGCCGCUGCUGUUCUCGAUAGAACCAAGAAAUUCAGACUCGUCGCAACUGCAGUUUACGCCUUCGCCUUGAUUGCCGACGCGUUGUUUGCUACGAGUCUGAUUAUGGAGAUCAGAUGGAUGGCUUUUGUGAUGGGCAUAUUCUUCGGGAUACAAGUAAUCGGCUAUCCGACGAUUGGAUUGGAGCUGUGUAUGGAGACGACUUAUCCAGAAUCCGAAGGUAUCACCGCAGGGAUUUUGAACAUGGCACCUCAAUUUUAUGGAACUCUGUCGAUUCUGAUCGUCGGCAGAGUGUUGGAAGCUUACGGUCAUAAAGUAGCACACGCCUGUAUGUGCGGAGAGUUGACUGUCGGGCUUCUGUUGACGGUUUUCAACAAAAUUCAACUUUAUCGACAAAAAGCUAACAAAGUUACUGCCGUAUACAAUAUUGAUCCUCAGAAAGCGUUGAUGGAGUUUAAGUGAGAUCGAAUGGAAGGGUGCUGCAAGUACAACUAACUUUGAAAGACCAAAACGCCGACGGAACGAAAUCCCGAAAGUCAAAUUACCGACGGUUUGAAAACGUAG